CGUGUGAGGAAAGAGAGGAGGAGGAGGAGAAGAUAGAGAGGGCAGAAGGGAGGGGGCAUCGGCGUAUGCUUGUAUACAACUACCCCCGAUUUCCAUUUUUCCCCCUAACUCCUAAUGUAUUUAAUUCAAGUGAAACGUAAUCAUGACGUGUGUUGUCAUUAAUCUCCUCGCCGCCUCUCCCGGGACUGUUGGAGGUGGUCAGGCAGAUUGCCACCAUCAGAGUGCACCCUCUUUAAUUCAAGGAACUGAAGCAUGGCAUAGACACAUCAACAAGUAUGGAUUCCCCACCAGAGAGUAUGCUGGCUCUUUCCUGUGAGCCCCCAUUGUCUCCUCCCUCCAUGCCGUCCCUGGACCACAGUCCCCAGUUCCUACCCCAGAGUCCUCAAUCUACCCCUUCUAGCCCUCAAACUGAACUCUAUGCUCCAGUAUCACCCUGCCCCCUUCCUGAGGCCAGCCUCCAAAAUGAGGAGGAGGAUGAGGAGUUGUCAAUGCCCCCAUCACCCACCCCAGCGGUGGCGCUGUUUCCUGGUGAAUUGGAGCUUGGCAGUCCCUCAUCAGACAUCAGCCCCCCAGCCACACCAUUAGCACCUUUUCCUGGUUUUGGAGCUCUGGAACAGGCGAUCUCCUCUGGUCAAAUUACCACCUGUGAUGAUGAGCUGGAUCUUCAGCUUUUCAACAAUGAGGGCAUGGCUGUCCCCGGAGGGACAAGCUCUGGGCCUGGCCUAAGGUUCCCGUGCCAUGUGUGUGGAAAGAGGUUCCGCUUCCAGAGUAUUUUGUCUCUGCAUGCUCGAGCACACAGUUUAGACAGGGAGCGUCAAGCUUCAGCUUCCUACCGGACCACACAUGCCAAACUGCAGCAAAACCAUGUGGGCGACAGUGUAAUCCAGAAUCUCAACAACAGAGAGCUUGGGCUGAAACAGAGUUCAUUAUCUGGGUCAUUACAAAAGAGUAUAGAUGAAGACAUGGUUCCAGAGGAACCUCUUCAAACUGCUAGCAGCCCUCAGUUCCUCUUUGAAGGAACCACAGCCCUGACUCCACCUCUAACAGAGGAAGCACCAAUCUCAACUUCCUUCUCUCCACUUGGCCAUGCCCACUUGGAAGACAACACCCCCUCCACAGCUGCUUCUGCCUUCCGGUGUCAUGCUUGUAAGGGUAAGUUCCGUACAGCUUCAGAGCUGGCACGUCAUGUGCGGAUCCUCCACAACCCCUACAAAUGUACAAUGUGUCCCUUCUCAGCCAGUCAGGAGGAAAGCCUGGCUGCCCAUCUGCAGGAGAGCCACCCACCUGAGGAUCCUGUCAUUGAAACGGUUUUCCCUUCUCCCCCUAUAACAGCACCAACAGAGACUCCUCCCUCACAAAUACCAGUUGUUCCAGCUUUCCGAUGUGAGACAUGCGGACAGCGUUUUACUCAGUCCUGGUUUUUGAAAGGGCACAUGCGGAAGCACAAGGACUCAUUGGAUCACAAGUGCCAGGUGUGUGGCCGUGGCUUCAAGGAACCUUGGUUUCUAAAGAACCAUAUGAAGGUUCAUCUCAACAAACUGGGCCUCAAAGCUGGAUUGGGAAAUCUGGGCCCGGCUGGAAAUGAGCAAUCCAAAGGUCCAGCAAGCACACAAGUGCUGGGGGCCCUGUAUUCUAACUUGCUCCUGGCUCGCAGUAUGACUGGUGGCGGUGGUUCAGGAAGUCGCACGGAGCGGUCAGAUGCCAGUGCAGGCUCAAGCAAAUCCUCUAUAUUAGGUUAUUUGGGCUUACCCAACGACAACAGCAAUGGAAGUUGCAUGGAGCGCCUUCAGGCAGUGGCACAGAUUGCAGGAAUGGGUAAUGGUGGAGGACGGGGAGGGGACGCAGCAGACGGAGCAGACAAGGCAGCCAUGUGGCAGCUGGUUGCUCGCAGUCUGGUAGCAGCACAGCACAACCAUCAGCAACAGCAGCAGCGAUCUCAUUCACACCAUGAGCUACCUUCCUCACGAGGCACCGUUGCUGGGGAAGCCAAGCAGUUGAGGGCCUACCUAGGUGGAUUGGGUUCUAGAGAGGAGCUAGAGGGAUCUAGUCCACCUUGGGAGUGUCCAGAUUGCGGCAAGCUGUUCAGAAGCCUUCAGCAGGUGGUUGCUCAUGCCCGUGUCCAUGUCCAGAAAUCACAGAAAGAUCAAAGUCCCCGAGGGGGCAUGUCCAGGGAAGAGGACAUUAUAAACAGAGUGAGUGGAGCUCAGGCAACAGGUGGAGUAGGAGGAGGACAAAUAACUAGUGACAAUGAAGGAAGGCAGGAGGGAAAGCAACUACCAUCAGGAGUCGGGACAGCUGGGAGCUUCCAUUCUGUCAUAUCACAUCUUUCUGGUCAGAAUGGUCUAAGGGGGUCAUCCUCUUCCACUUCAUCUUCAAGAGAGCCUGUUCAGGGAACAGGGAUGAAGGAUUGCCCCUACUGUGGUAAAGCCUUCCGGUCUUCCCAUCACCUUAAAGUGCACCUCCGUGUACACACAGGUGAGAGACCAUACAAAUGCCCACACUGUGAUUAUGCUGGCACCCAGUCCGGCUCUCUCAAGUACCACCUUCAGCGUCAUCAUCGUGAGCAAAGGAACGCUAUGGCAACCACCACAAAUUCCCCAUCACUGAGCUUCCCCUCUCUGACUGGCUCUCCUCAUGAAGGGGUGAAAAAGCGCCGUCUCCCCUCCAUGUCCCAGUCUUCUUUUGGGAGGGAUCCUGGAGAGGCUCCUUCUUCAAGGCACAGUCGGUCAUGGGCUGCAAGCCCGCCAGAGAAGGAGGGCACUACUGCAUCUGGACGUCAAAGAGAGGGAGACGUGGAGAGUCAGUAUCUCAGUCUGUCAGGAAUGAUGGGUACACUCUUUGCUGGCGGUCUAGAACCAAGUUGGAUUGGGGAGGUACCACCUCCGAAAAUGCCCAAAGUGUCUCGACGAAAACCCCUUACUACAAGCCGCAUGAUGUCAGCAAAUGGCUACCAGAGCGGGAUGAAGUCCAGUGGGUCCCAGGAAGGAGGCUUUGAACCUCUGGACCUUUCCCGCCGCCCUUUACAAGAUGAAGGGGGAGUGAGUAGUUCUAUAGGUGGACCAUCAGGUGGCUCUAAAGGAGGGAAUGACAUCCUCAAUCAAUGUGUCUUCUGUCCCUUCCGGACCUCUUCUGUUGAGCUGAUGGCCAUGCACCUUCAGGUUAAUCACACCAGCAAGUCUCGUCGCAAGAGGGGAGCCCCUCUCGCUUCCACCAAUCAUUCUCCAAGACUAACUUUGGCUGGGCCGGACCAUGAUCCACUGGCUUUAUGGAAGUUCCUGGGUGCAGAGGAUGGAGUAGCAUCCCCUGAGGAUUGGGUCUUGUCCAAGACAAGAGCUGAGAACAGAGUCAGCCCAGAGAACAGGAACACAGAGGACAGUUUUGAACUGACCCCUGGAGCUGUGGGAAGCGUCGGUGCCACAGAGAAGGGACUUAAUAUGAGAGAGGACCUGGACGAGGAAGAUGAGCAAGUUGAUGAGGAGGAGGAUGACCUGGAAGCAAAUGGCAGCUUUGGAAGUGUACCACAGUAUCAGAGCAGAAGGGCUGGGUUUAUUUCAUCAGACCUCGCGGCUGAGGAUCUGCUCAAGGAGGAGGAAGGUGUCUUGGGGAAAUAACAUCUAACAAGCGCCCUGGAUGAGUUUGGACAUAGCAGCAGGAGAUAAAUAUUUGGGGAAUACAGUUGUCCAGGGUCCCUCUUAUCAUUCAAACAAAGGGCAGACCAGUCGCUAUGCUAACAUACUGUACAGUAUCAGUAAACAGAUAACCUGCAAAAGUAUUUAAAUCAAACAUUCCCCUUAAUAUAUCCUCCUAGCCCCCUUGGUUAGUGAUCGAUUACCUCUACACACACACACACACACACACACACACACAGAGAGAGACUCUUAAUCACAUAGAGAUAUCCAGUAUUGUAUGCUAGUCUAAGCCUGCCUGUCUCGGGGCCUUCUUGAACACUGUUCUCUUGUUCCUGUCUUCUUGUCAGUGAACGCAAUUC